AUAGGCUAAAAAGUGCACUUGUAAGACGGAUUACGAACGCCAUUUUGGAUUUUCUUUUUUGGUUUCUUUGUAAAAAUUGAUUCUUUUCUAUGUUUUGCUCAUCGUCGGGACCAAAGAUUGUAACUGCUCUCCUCCGCUCACAGACACGAUACUGAAUAAUGCUGUCAUUGGGAGAAUCUGAGCUAUCGCCACCCCCUUAGCGGGGCCCCAACGUUGUUGCCAGCGUUGUUGCAGUAGGGAAAGUUGCAGUCGGCCCGAGAAGAGGAAUUCAGAGAGAUGCUGCUGUCUUGGACGGCGCAGCUAGAGCAAUCAUAGGAAAACGACACGGCAAUAAUUCACACACUAUGGAUAAUAAUGACCCCUAUUUACAUCUAAAUUCCUCCGUUUCCAUGAACUCGUCUCAGCCUCAGAUGAACUCCGUAGCGCGACACCCCUCCGUCAUCAGCACUUCAGUCAACCCCUCCCGGCCCCUCCCCUCCCCGAUGAGCACAAUGGGCUCCCCACUGAACGGGCUGGCCUCGCCCUACUCCGUCAUCUCGUCCUCUCUGGGGUCCCCCACCAUCUCCAUGCCCCCCACGCCGGGAAUGAACUUCGGAGCCCUCAGCAGUCCUCUGCAGCAGAUGAACUCCAUGAACAAUGUGAGCAGCACGGAGGACAUCAAACCUCCCCCUGGGCUGACGGGCCUGGGCAUGAGCUACCAGUGCACCAGCCCAGGGUCCAUGUCCAAGCACCUGUGCGCUAUCUGUGGGGACCGCUCCUCAGGAAAACACUACGGCGUGUACAGCUGUGAAGGCUGCAAAGGCUUCUUCAAGCGCACCAUCAGGAAAGACCUCACUUACACGUGCCGGGACAGCAAGGAGUGCCUGAUCGACAAGCGGCAGCGCAACCGCUGCCAGUACUGCCGCUACCAGAAGUGUCUGGCCAUGGGCAUGAAGAGGGAAGCGGUGCAGGAGGAGAGGCAGAGAGGGAAGGAGCGGAGCGAUAGCGAGGUGGAGUCCACCAGCUGCUUUAACGAGGAAAUGCCCGUGGACAAGAUCCUGGACGCCGAGCUGGCCGUGGAGCCAAAGACCGAGACCUACGUCGACGGCAGCCCUAGCAACUCGACUAACGACCCCGUCACUAACAUUUGCCAAGCAGCGGACAAGCAGCUCUUCACCUUGGUGGAGUGGGCAAAGAGGAUCCCGCACUUCUCUGAGCUGCCGCUGGACGAUCAAGUCAUUCUGCUACGGGCAGGCUGGAACGAGCUGCUCAUAGCCUCGUUCUCUCACCGCUCGGUCACGGUGAAAGACGGCAUCCUCCUGGCCACCGGCCUGCACGUCCAUCGAAGCAGCGCCCACAGUGCGGGGGUGGGCUCCAUCUUUGACAGAGUCCUGACAGAGCUGGUGUCCAAGAUGAAAGACAUGCAGAUGGAUAAGACGGAGCUGGGCUGUCUCCGGGCGAUUGUCCUCUUUAAUCCAGAUGCGAAGGGUUUAUCGAACCCGUCGGAGGUGGAGGGUUUGAGGGAAAAGGUUUACGCGUCCCUGGAAUCUUACACCAAGCAGAAAUAUCCUGACCAGCCUGGCCGGUUUGCCAAACUCUUGCUCCGCCUGCCAGCCCUCCGCUCUAUUGGGCUGAAGUGUCUGGAGCACCUCUUCUUCUUCAAGCUGAUUGGAGACACUCCCAUCGAUACCUUCCUGAUGGAAAUGCUCGAGGCUCCGCACCAGAUCACAUGACACAAGCUGGCACCCUUUGUAAAUAAUCCCAACCCCAUGUAAUUGAUAUAAAGAUAAAAAAUGAUUAAGUUGUAAACUA